UCGGCAGGGCAGGCCUGAGUUGUUUGUAGCAGUUGCAAGUAGCUCCAGCUGUGGGUUAGUCAGGCCUGGGGCCGGGCUAGGCAGCCAGGGUGCCCAGGCCGAAAACCGGACCUGCCGCCAAGCCAAGCCAAGCCAAGCCAAGUGGUUUUUAAUGGAUUCUUGUCACGUUGGGCGCCAAAUGUAGAUGUAACCAACCUUCUUAUUAAAUAAGAAACACAGAACCAAUGCAAAGAAGAAAGCCAAGAGGUCAGAGCUAAGAGCUAAAACCUUACCCUUCCUCCUGUGGUGGUCCUACCUCUCCGAACCAGAGCUACCCCUGUGUUAAAGUCUUUAUAUAGAGUUCCUGUUCUGCCUUCUCAUUGGUUGUAAACCCAACCACAUGACUGCCUCCUCAUGGCCUGUCUGUAUAGGCCUCCAGGUUUUCCAUGAUUGGUAUUGAUUAAAGGCAUGUGUAUCCAAUAAUGGCUGUAUCCCUGAACACACAGAGACUUAUCCAGCUCUGCCUACCAAGUGCUGGGAUUACAAGAGUAUGCCACCACUGCCCUGCUUUCCUAUGGCUUGCUAAUAGCUCUGACCCCCAGGCAACUUUAUUUAUUAACAUACAAAUAACAUUUUAAUACAAAUAAAAUAUCACCAUAGUCUAUCCUUUCUUGAAGUUAAUAAUUUGGAUAAAAUUCUGUUGAUGUAUACUAUAUACUAUUACUCUGUUUGCAUGUCUCUCUGUAUAUAUUCCUAGGCAUUUCUCCUGCUGUGCCGUAUUCUAUUCUGUAGACACUAGGUUGGAAGGUGUCAUUCUCUCUUGAUGUUUCCUUUUAAAAUCAGUUGGUGACUGCAUUUGAUAUUUACUGACCCAUUUCAUAGAAUGUAUCAAGCACACAGAAUUAUGUAAAUAUAUUCUCAAUGAUGUGUACAUUUGCAAUGCAGUCAGUCUCACCAUUUCUAUUAUGUACAUAUAUGGGAUACUUUAGGAUGCAGUGACCUAUAAGGAUGUGCAUGUGAACUUCACUCCUGAAGAAUGGGCUUUGCUGGAUCCUUCCCAGAAGAGUCUCUACAAAGAUGUGAUGCUGGAAACCUACUGGAACCUCACUAUUGUAGGUUACAAAUGAGAGGACCACAAUAUUGAAGAACAUUAUCAAAAUUCUACAAGACAUGGAAGCAGGUGUGUCAUCUGUCACUCUGGAUACAAGCCAUGUGAGCAAAAGGGAAAUGGAAAGAAGCAUUGUAGUUCUGUCUCUCUCAAAACAAAUGGAAGAUAUGUGGUAGUCCCCACUAUGAGAAGAUAUGAUGACUGUGAUACAAGUUUACAAUUAAUUGGUUUUCCAACUUCAUUGGGAAUACAUCAACAAACUCUCAUUGGAGAAAAACCCUUUGAGUACCAGGAAUAUGGAAAUUCAUCUCUCUCUACUGGUUCACUGUUCACAUGUUGUGUGGCUCACAGUAUAAGAAAAUGUUAUGAGUGCAAUCAGUGUUCUCUGAUUUCUUCAAGUUCUCUUCAAAGAUGUGAAAAAGCUCAUGUGAGAAGUGAAGAUAAUAAAUGUGAGUCAUCUACUAAAGGCUUUAGGCUUGACAGGCAUCGUCAAACACACCAAAGAACCAAUAACGAAGAGGCUCUCUAUGAAUGUAAUCAACAUGAUAAAGCCUUUAGAUCUGAUUGCUCUUUAGAAGUAUACCAAAGAAGUCAUUUGAAAGGAAAACCCUAUGAGUAUAAUCAAAGUUAUAAAGCCUUUGCAUAUCACAGUCUUCAGCAUCAAGUACAUAGAAUUCAAACUCGAGAGAAAUGCUAUGAAUGUAAACAAUGUAGUAGAGCCUUUGUACAGAUGAGUGAUCAUCACAGACAUGAAAGAAUUCAUACUGGAGAAAAACCAUAUGAAUAUAAUCAAUGUGAUAAAGCUUUUCAGAGAAGAGAAACCUUCACAGUCAUGAAAUAUUUCAUACAAGAGAGAAGCUCUAUGAGUGUAAUAAAUGUGGUAAAGCCUUUGCAAAAAAGAGUUAUCUUCUCACCCAUGAAAGAAUUCAUACUGGAGAGAAACCCUAUGAAUAUAAUCAGUGUGGUAACACCUUUGCAUGGAAGAGUAUUCGUCACAGUCAUGAAAGAAUUCAUACUGGAGAGAAACCCCAUGAAGGAUAAUGAAGUUCAGGCUGACCUUCAACUUCAGGUGUUUUUGCUUCCAACUCCAGUUACUGCAAUGGAAGGUUUUACUACCAUGCCCUGUUUAUGCAGAGGUCUUGUGUGUGCUGAGCAAGUAUUCUAUCCAAUGAUCGCCAUCUGAUAUGAAAACAUUGAGGUAGCCGAGUUUUCAUAUACACGUCUACACUGAGAACCUGCCUCAAAACCAAAUCAAAACUGCAAACACAAACUUUUGUUAAAAUAAACUGUGUGUGUGUGUGUGUGUG